CUCACGAGGUUCUCGGUUUGAUCAUCAGAAUGAAAAACAAACAUUCUUUCCGUGCACUCAGGCUGCUGCGCACCCCCUUCGUUGACCACCGCCAGCAUCAUCAUACCAACGCAAAACCUGUUCAUCGCUAUCAGGGCCGUUCUAUGCAAUGUCAACGUCUCCAACUGAUUUAGCAGCUUUGAUUGGCUUUGGUUGUGAAGCAGUCUUGUAUGGCAGUUACUGCAUUCUUUUCAUCAUCUCUUGGAUAGUCUUGGGUCAAAACCGACGUUCGCCAAACCUUAGUAGCCCUGUUGUUUUUGCCAAUUGUUUGCUCUUUUUCUGCUGCACUGCGCAUUUUGCUCUCGAAUUCAAUCAUUAUUAUACAACUCUUGAGUCCAAUGGUUUUUCCGCGGAGACUCCUGGUCUUAUGGGUGCAGAUUUCCUUAUCUCGUUCACAGAUCUCGUCGGUGACCUGGUUCUUGUCUACCGCUGCUGGAUGCUUUGGGGUCAGAACUACUAUGUAGUCAUACUUCCUCUUCUUUCUGCCUUCGGUGGCUUCGCUUGUAUAAUGGAGGUACUCCACCUCGUCAUUGUCACCGAUCCCACCGCGCCUGCCCCUCCGGCCGCCAUAGUGCCGCUAGGGCUCGCAGGGUACAUCCUGCCCCUUGCCACCAAUAUCAUCGUCACCACUCUCAUAGUUUACCGCAUCUGGAUGUCCUCCCGUAUUGUGAAGGAAUCACCUGUGGUCAUCGGCCAAGGCGCCUCCUAUCGCGCGAUGAUGCUUAUCAUCGAAAGUGGUGCCCUCUAUCUUUUCAUACAAUUCGUGUUCGUCGUACUCUUCUCGAUGCAACACCCCGCACAAGGCAUCGUAGCGGUGAUUGCCACCCAAAUAUACGGUAUCGCACCUACCCUCAUUAUUAUUCGGGUUGGUUUGGGAGUUUCAUCAGAGCAUACCACCAAGGCAAUGACGUCCACUCGUAUUGAUUGGAUCGCGCGCCGUGGGGGCGACACGGGCACUUCGGGUACCCAGUUCACUGUUGAAAACAGCAUGGCCGAAACCGAUAUGGAUAUUCGGAUGAAAGACUUCGAUCUCGCCCACAUGAAGGGACACGACGAGAUCGAGAUUGCAGAGGUCGACAUGGCGCCUACUAGCAAUUACGAGAGUGCUUCGCCUGUAUAA